AAAAUAAAUCGCCAUUGACGAAAAAUCUCUAAAAAUCAUGGCGAUUACUACUUUCAAAGAGGUUCUCCAAAUCCCCAGGAAGAUCUCUGUAGUAACGCAGAAGCUCGACAUUUUGGCGGACAAACUGGCGGAAACCACCGCCAUUUUAAAGGUAUCCUUCGCUCCAGACAAGGAGAUCUCGGUCGUGGUACCGUUUCAAUUAAAAACGGAAGAGGAAUUGGAUGAAUUCGAAAAUUCCUUGACCCCGGAGCUCGUCGGUUUUUACACAAUGAAAAUAUCAAAAAUUAUUGGUAGCGAACCGCUGUCAAAGCGGUUUAAGCUGGUCAUAGCGGAGGAUAUGAUAAAUAACUGCAAUUUGGACGGGUCGAAUGGGAAGAAGUCCCUCCGAUCGAGCGUUGGCCAAGAACUCCGAGGACCCGGACCAAUGUUUACGAAAAGCUAUGACAAAUGUAAAAAAUAAGCUCACAAAACAAAAAAAAAGAAAUAAUAAUAGUC